AAAUUCAGUGAAAGGGGUGAGGAUGGACCGUAUGCUCUGAACGCAUCACGUGAGAGUAAAACAGAUGCAUCCGAGCUUUAGCAGCACGACAUCAUGUGACAGCACCACAUCAUAUGGGAGUGAAACUAGAUGUGAACGCUUUCUGGAUCUGUCAAGACUGAGCUCUGCUUUUCUGCUGCAUAACACAUCCACCUGAUUCAACAAAGAAGGACAAACGCAGUGCUGUUGUGCAGUGUUUUAGUGUUCCAGGCUCUUAUUUUGUUUACCGGUGCUUUUCUGGUGCUUUCCGUACUGUUUUAGGAGAGAGAGAGGGAGGGAGAGAGAGAGAGGGCGAAGGAGCGCAAGAGGGGUGUGAAAGUGAAGCUCUAUCAUUCUUUGCGGACUGGAGGCUCAAAAACAGCGGAAGAGAGAAGGAGAGAGAGAGAAAGAGUGAGAGAGAGAGGAAUCAAUCAGCCAUGGCAAAUAUCGCUGUGCAGAGGAUCAAGCGAGAGUUUAAAGAAGUGCUGAAAAGCGAAGAGACGAGUAAAAAUCAAAUAAAAGUAGAUCUGGUGGAUGAAAACUUUACAGAGUUAAAGGGAGAAAUAGCAGGACCGCCAGACACACCAUAUGAAGGGGGAAGAUAUCAACUAGAAAUCAAGAUCCCUGAGACGUAUCCAUUUAAUCCACCCAAGGUGCGGUUUAUUACUAAGAUCUGGCAUCCCAAUAUAAGUUCUGUUACCGGGGCGAUAUGUUUGGACAUUUUAAAAGACCAGUGGGCUGCUGCUAUGACUCUGCGAACAGUUCUGCUCUCACUACAGGCUCUGUUAGCUGCAGCAGAGCCCGAUGAUCCACAGGACGCUGUGGUAGCCAAUCAGUAUAAGCAGAAUCCAGAAAUGUUCAAACAAACUGCUCGUCUCUGGUCUCACGUUUACGCUGGUGCUCCUGUGUCCAGUCCAGAGUACACACGCAAAAUAGACAAACUUUGUGCAAUGGGCUUUGACAAAAAUGCAGUAAUAGUAGCCUUGUCCUCAAAAUCAUGGGACGUGGAGACGGCGACAGAGCUGCUACUAAGCAACUGAUCAUCCAGUUCUGUUCAUCAGGCCAUAUUUCCAUCAGACCCCUCCUGCUUCAUGACCCGUUCACUCCCACCCAAACAACCAUCCACACAUGCGUCACCCGUGUUGGGUUGUGUUCAGAAUGAAGGUUUUGGUGAGAAGCAGCAGCAGUUAAGACUGCCAGACAAUUAAUGUGCAACCUCAGAGUCAUCCGAGUCUUUUUCUGCAAACAUUCACGUCCAAGUGUCUUUCUUUUUUUUUUUCUCCUCCCCCUCUCAUGUUUAACUUGUUUUUGCUUUGCAACAAUCAUUUUCCCUCUUAUAUUUAGGCUGUCGCUUCCUUUUAAAGAAACCCAGCAAAGACAAAGCCAAUCUCACUGUCAUUUCACACUACAGAAACUCCCACUUCGAUCUGUGCAACAAUGUUAGCACAUGUAAAUGAGUAGUGUACAUUAAAAAUGCAAAAUAGCA